AGAGAACGAGGAUUAGAGACAAGGGGAUCUCUCUGCUGAGACGAGAGAUGAGCGGAUCUCACCUGGUUAAACGUUCGGGGAGGACGAUGUUGCUCCUACCACGGUGAAAGUUCGGCGAAUUAUAAACUCAAUUAGUCGGCGAAUUACAAUCUAAAUUAGUAGGGUGACGUUGAUGACUAGUCCGACGACCAAAUCAUGUACCACGCGAUACAGUCACCAAAUAUAAGAGAGAGAGAGAGAGAGAGAGAGAGGAGGCCGGCAUUGAAGAAACGGUUCAAAAAUGAAUUAGCAGAAGGGUAACGAGGGGAUCGGCUUAGGAAGCAUGAAUUUGAUGGUGGGCGGCGAUGUUUGGAAGGCUCAUGCAGCCAUGGUUCUUAUUCAGGUUAACAACGGCGUGUACCAUGUUAUCACGAAGUUGGCGCUUAACGUCGGCAUGAAUCAGGUGGUCUUCUGCGUCUACAGAGAUAUGUUAGCGCUGUUCCUUCUCGCCCCAUUCGCUUAUUACAGAGAAAAAAGGACACGACCGCCCUUAACUCGUCAGCUUCUUGUGUCAUUCUUCUUUCUUGGUCUAACUGGGAUAUUUGGAAACCAGCUUCUGUUUCUCCUUGGCCUUGGAUACACGAGCCCAGCUUAUGCUGCAGCUACACAGCCAGCCAUCCCUGUGUUUACGUUUAUAUUGGCUACAUUAAUGGGCACAGAGACUGUUAACUUACUUACAAAUGAGGGGAAGAUGAAGGUCUCUGGCACGAUGAUCUGUAUUUCUGGAGCUGUACUGAUGGCGACCUUUAGGGGUCCAGCAGUAAUUGGUGAUGGAGUCCUGGACCUUGAUGCCCACAGUGAUACAAGUGCAGUAUCCCAAAUAGAGACAGUUGGGUGGUCGAGUCAUGGCUUGUUGGUAUUUGGGCUUGAAAGAUGGCAUAUUGGUGUCAUUUGUCUCAUAGCUAACUGCCUAUGCAUGGCCAUAUACCUGGCUUUACAGGCUCCAGUUUUAGUGAAGUAUCCUGCCAAUCUGUCACUGACUGCAUAUUCAUAUUUCUUUGGUGCACUGCUAAUGGGAUUUACUGGAUUGUUUACAACCAGUGGCAAUACAGAUUGGACUUUAUCAAAGUCUGAGGUGCUGGCUGUUAUAUUUGCAGGAGUUGUUGCAUCUGCUCUCAACUAUUCGCUUCUGACUUGGUCCAAUAAAAUAAUUGGUCCGACGUUAGUAGCAUUAUAUAACCCACUCCAACCUCUGGCAUCUGCUUUUCUGUCACGGAUUUUUCUUGGAAGCACUUUAUAUUUGGGAAGUAUUGCUGGUGGGGCUCUCAUAAUUGCUGGUUUGUAUAUUGUAACAUGGGCACGGCACAGAGAGAGGGUGGCAGCUGUCUGUGCUGCACUCACGAACAGAGAAUCUGAAUCACAUAUGCAUGAGGACGCACCACUUCUUAAUAGUUCAUUGCAAUGGUCAACAACGAAGUCGUCAAAACAACCACAUGAAUGUUAAAGUGUAAAUUUUAUUUUCCUUUACUUCAUGCCCAUCCUACAUAUGUUCCAGUUACUUGGAGCUUCUGAAAAUAUAGGAAAACGGAGGUUCCCUUAAGCGCUCUGUGAACUUGGAAGCUAUUUGCUUCUUUAAGAAGCUCUAUUUGUAGUCCACUUGUUCAUAUGAGAAAUUCAACCUACAUUCUUGUUAUUAUUAACUUGUAAAAAAUCUGCAUAUAAUAGAUGCUCUUGCACAAAAGGUCAAAGUCGCA